UUACGACGACGCGCGCGGCGCGACGCGCCAUGGGCGGCGGACGCGACAAGCGGAAGAAAGUGGCGAAGAAGCUCGGCAAGGUGAGCGCGGAUAAGCGUACGGGGGCGACGAAGACGGCGCUGAAACGAGAGAAGAAUGCGGAAAAAAAUCACAGACGGCUGGAGAGAGGACUGGUGGAGGAUGACAUCGACGCUAUUUUAGCCGCGAUGGCGAUAGAGGACGCGCGGCGCGCGGAGGUGGAGGUGGAGAAGGAUUGCCCGCGACCGCAGGCGCGAGGACACGCGUCGCUGACGGCGACUGUGGUUGGGAGAGGGAAUGAGUUGAUUUUGUACGGCGGCGAACGCGUGACGCCGGGGGAUGAAAAAUGCGUCGUGUACGGUGAUUUGUAUCGAUACGACGUCGACCGCGAUCGAUGGACGAAGGUAUCGAACGCGAAAGGACCGCAUCCGAGGUCGGGACAUCAGGCGUUGGCGUACGGGGGGUACGUGUACGUGUUCGGGGGAGAGUUUACGUCGCCGAAUCAAGAGCGGUUUUUACACCAUCGCGACUGCUGGAGAUUUGAUUUGGAGAGUAACAUUUGGGAGGCAAUGCCGGCGAAGGGAGGGCCAAGCGCGCGGUCGGGGCAUAGGAUGGCGAUUUGGGGGAAGAAGGCGAUCUUAUUCGGCGGGUUUUACGACACUGGACGCGAGGUUCGGUAUUACAACGACGCGUGGGAGUACGAUUUCGAGAAGAGCGAGUGGAAGUGUCGGUGCGCGGGGGGCGAGGGAGCGCUCGGACCGAGUCCGCGCAGCGCGUGUCACGUGGGCGUGCACGAUGACGCGUUCAUCGUGUACGGAGGGUAUUGUAAAAACGUUGACAACGACGGCGACGCCGACGAGGAUCGUAGCGAACGCGGGACGACGUUUUCAGACGCUUGGAAGUUAGAUUUAAAGACGUGGCGAUGGGAAAAGCUGAAGCGACAAGGAUUAGCGCCGAGCGCGCGCGCAGGGGCGUCGAGUGCGAUGCACGCGUUGAAGAAGCGUUUAGUGUUGUUCGGCGGCGUCGUGGAUCACGAGGUCAAGCGCGGCGACGUCAUCGUCUCUGAGUUCUUCACCGACGCGUACAACUUGAACAUGGAGGCCAAGAAAUGGUUCCCUGUCACCUUGUACGGCGAAGAUAAGACGAAAACACACAAAGCGGGGAGCUUGGAAGAGGCCGAGCGCGUCGCCGCCGGGGACGUGGUGAACGAAAACUUUAAUAUUCGCAGCGAGGCGCACCGGGCGGCGAUUAAGAUUCAAGCUCACUUUCGCGGUUAUCAAGUUCGCAAGGCGUACAAGCUAUACAAGGUCGGUGGCGUCGUGAGCGAGUUGCUGUACUCACCCGGAAGUGGAGAGGCGCCGCCGAAAUCCCUCCCGAAACCUCGCGGACGAAUCAACGCCGCCAUAGCGAUCAAGGCGAAUAGCAUGUACUUGUUCGGCGGCGUCGUCGAGCUCGGCGACGUAGAAGUUUCCCUCGACGACGUGUGGAAACUCGAUCUCGGUAAUCGUCCGAAAUGGACGUGCAUCACACCACUCAGCGACGAAGUGUCCGCACAACUCGCCGGCGGCGGCGCGGAAUCCGAUUCCGAUUCCGACGACGGUUCGGGCUCCGACUCGGCGUGA